AUGAAGAAAGCCUCCCCUGAUCCCCCCAAUAUAGACAGCGUACGCUCUGGUGCACCCGGAUCCGCGCAUGGCGCCCCUCGCAGCCCCUCGAAUCGAUCCGACGACGCAGGUAGACCGACAGACAUAAUCACCGACCUCCCCCGCAACUUGUCCAGCAAGUCGUCCUCCUUCCUCGCGGCCCAGCGAGGUAACAACGCAACAACCUACACCACGGCUUCCACCGCCAGCAGAAAUCAUGGCGCCGCCAGCGGUGUCUCUCCCCAUCACAUCGCCGUCGCCGGCUCGUCUCUCGGCUACCCGGACGGCAUCACCGACAAAACCAGCCCCCGCACCUUCGAGGAUGUUGCCGCAUCGAAGGAGGCUUCGCGGCAGGGGCCUCUCGUAGGCGACGGCGCCGUCUCCUCCCGGGAGACCAGUAACAAACCCUCCGAUCAGAAGCCAAAGAUACCCGUCUUCACCCGCUUCUACCUCACGUGCAAGAUGAUCCUGUUCCACAGCUGGGUCAACGUGCUCCUCGUCUUCGUGCCCAUUGGCAUCGUCGUCGAGGCCCUCCACCUCAACCCGGGCAUCGUCUUCGCCAUGAACGCCAUCGCCAUCAUCCCCCUCGCCGGCCUGCUCAGCCACGCCACCGAGUCCGUCGCCAGCAAGCUCGGCGAUACCAUCGGCGCCCUCCUGAACGUGACCUUCGGCAAUGCCGUUGAGUUGAUUAUCUUGUAA